AUGCUGGUGCGCGCCAUCGGCACGCCCUUCCGCUGGAGGCGGCGCGACCACCGCAAGCGGUUCCUCAACGCGACGGAGAAGGAGGCGGCGCGUGUGGCGCUCGAGCAACGCGACGCGCAAAAGGCGGAGAACAAGCGAGACCCGCCGAGAGCGGAGAACAAGCGCAAGCGCAAGGCGAAGCUGCGCGAGCAGGUGAAGGCCAACAACGAGUGGGCGAAGAAGCAGAAGCUGAGGCGCCAGGCGAGUGGCCGGAAGGCGAGUGGGCGGAGGGCGCUUCGCGCCGCCAUGGCGGAGGCGCGAGCGGAGGGGGGCGGCAAGCUCAAGGCUUGA